AUGGCCGAGGCAUCUAGCGCACAAGUGCCCCCUACCUUCAAGCUUGUGCUGGUCGGAGACGGUGGUACUGGAAAGACGACCUUCGUCAAGCGCCAUUUGACAGGGGAAUUCGAAAAGAAGUACAUCGCAACACUUGGUGUUGAGGUCCACCCGCUCGGGUUCUCAACAAAUUACGGAGGGAUCCAGUUCGAUGUCUGGGAUACCGCAGGACAAGAGAAGUUCGGUGGUCUCCGAGAUGGGUACUACAUCAAUGGGCAGUGCGGUAUCAUCAUGUUCGACGUCACAUCCCGAAUCACCUACAAGAACGUUCCCAACUGGCACCGCGACCUUGUCCGUGUCUGCGAACAAGUCCCAAUCGUCCUCUGCGGCAACAAAGUCGAUGUCAAAGAGCGUAAAGUGAAGGCCAAGACCAUCACUUUCCAUCGCAAGAAGAACCUCCAGUACUACGAUAUCUCCGCUAAAUCCAACUACAACUUCGAAAAGCCCUUCCUGUGGCUAGCGAGAAAGCUUGUCGGCAACCCAGGCUUGGAAUUUGUUGCUGGUCUUGCCUUGGCUCCCCCAACCGUCCAAGUUGAUGAAGCUCUACUUAAGCAAUACAAAGAUGAGAUGGAGGAUGCUGCAAACCAGCCAUUGCCAGAUGAAGAUGACCCAGAUCUAUAG